GUUUGUUUCUGUUGAAUUGUCUAUACAUCGUAUCGGCUUUUACAUAUCGCUAUUGAGAUAACAGUAAGAUCAUUAAUGAAAAUACAAAACUCGAUAUUUAAAACGUGUAAAACGGCUUGAUAUUCUAAGGAAGGCAAUUUCAUUUUGCCCGAAAAAAAUGAAGAAAAUUUUACCAGUUUAUCAGAAGUUUUUACACGUACUACUUUUGCACGGCCCUAUAUAUUAUCGGAGGAGCUUGAUCACGAUGUUGAAUGCCAUCACACGAUCAUGCCUGCGUAACCGGCGAACGGUUCCAGUCGAACUGGUCCUCAGCGUGAACCACGUGUUGAAAAUCCGCGAGCCAGUAGCUAGUAUAACUCCAGCCAUGCUGGCAUCGAUCGCACUUUCACGCCAGUCAAUCUUCUAAUUAAUUUCGGUGCGGGAUUGCCUCGGGACUCGCUUUAGGACAUCGCGAGGGUUACAGUCUAUUUAGAUAUUUCCUUGAUGAUUACAAUAGCAAAUCUCGAUUACACGGAGGACGAAUUCGGUUAUUAUCGCGACCAGCUGGAGACGUUCGAUCAUGGAUCGAUCGCAUGUUGUCUAUCAGCGAAUUUCCAGUAACGGCAGCUACCGUGGACUCGCACUAUGAAUUCUUCGAGUCAUGUACAGCUAGUGAAGUGGACAGUCCCGGCAGUCGCACUUGUCGUCGCUCUAUUUUGGUACAAACGCCGUCGGAUAGACAGAGGUGAACUUCAAUGGAAUGAUUCAGGAGGGAUGAUUGCGGACUCGAAUCGUGUGAAAGAAGAGACUUUGAAUGAUGCGAAGGAGGUUGAUACUAGUCUCUACAAUUCCGACACCCAUCAGAAAAUCAAUCAAGAAUCCUCAAUUGGUUGCUGCGAGUACGCGCAACAGGAAGAAUUAAUUCGCGUCCCAAGGAAGGUCAGCGAGAGCAUGGAUAUCCCUUUUAAAAAUUCAACGCAAUCCUUUUGUAACGGCGAUCAGAUGAAAUACACAGACGAUGAGACAAUAUGUAAUACAGAUGUACAGUUAGGCAGCAAUCCGAAUUCGAGUUACUUUGAAAUGAUCGCUAUGAGUCAAAGCGCAUCCUCUAAGAAGAACGAUGUGACAAGAAUAUUUCAUAACGUCAAUGAGAAGGAGCAGACGCUGCAUUGCGAGACGGAGCCAUCUGGGCAAAAAUAUACCGCGGACAAAUAUAAUUAUGAGGAAGAUGGGCAGGAAGCUGAGGAUCACACCAUGAAAACCCAGGGACAAGAGAUCGACGAAAGAGAUUCGGCCAAUCAUAGCCCGGUUUCCGUAGUUCUCGAUGGCAGCGUCACAGACGAAGCCCGGAGCGAAGGAAGUAACACGGAUAGCGGAAAAGGUGGAAGUAUCAACGGGUGCAGAAAAGAAAAUACUGCACCAACCACAUAUGAUUUUGCUAUACCGCAACAUUUAGUGGGCAGGUUGAUAGGCCGUCAUGGUAGUUUUUUACAGAGUAUUCGUUCAAAGGCAAAUGUCGGCAUAUAUGUCAAUGAUCACCCCUGCGAUGGCGAUCAUAAAAUUUGCUCGAUACAAGGAAGUAUUGAGGGCAUUAAUGUCGCGCUUAAAAUGGUGAGACAGAAGUUUCCGGAAAAAAGGUUUCCGCAAAUAACAUUAGCGGAGAUCUCUACAGUAUCCGAGAUAAACGAGAAAGUCGCAUUUAAUAUCAUACAACGGCCUUUAUCUCUGAUUGAUGGAGUUAAUAAUGACAUCAAUAUUUCUCAUAUUGUUAAGCCAAAUUGGCUCUUUGUUCAGCUGCCGACUCAUCCAUCAUUUCCACUUUUGCAAAAUUUAGAAGAUCAAAUGACGCACUGGUAUAACAAAGAAUCAAUACCAGUUUCGGAUAUAUUAAACAAGAGCGAUUAUGUGGCUGUAUAUUGGAGCGAUAAGUGGGUCAGAGGAUGUAUUGAACGUCCAGAUCCAUCUGGAGAGAAAAAUGUAGUACGACUACUUGAUUAUGGUGGCUAUUGGCAACUUAGUAAUUCACACUGUAAGCCACUGCUAAUCGAUUUUUUAAGCUUGCCUUUUCAAGCGAUUGAAGUUUUUUUAGCGAAUAUUCAGCCAAAGAAUGGUAAAUGGUCGUCAGAAGCUUACAAUGUGGUACAAAGUUGUUCCUCAAAGGGAGUUGCUCAGGCUCAGAUUGAAGGCCGCAUUCAGAGUAAUAUUUAUGCGAAUAUUUAUUUCAUUAUACAAAAUUACGGGCUAAUUUCCCUCACUGAAGAAUUAGUAAUGAAUGGACACGCAGAACAAGUAGCAUGGGAGCAGAUGAUGCCAGAAACACUAGAAUCCAUCUGUACAUAAAAGUUGUAAGAAAUUCUACAGUUCUCAGAUUUCCUAUCAAAUUAUCAUAAUCUGCGAUUCUUAGUCAGUAUGGAUUAGAAUUUAAUAUCAAUCGUCGUAAAUAAUUUACUUCGCGUCAAAAUUAUUUUGCUUUUUGACUUUGUUCUAUACUCAUAUAGUUUUUCAUAAUUCUUUAUUGAAGUCGCUGUGGAUACUCUAACAUACAUGUUUCCUAAUGGUUGAUUAUCCAUAUAGAAAUAUAAUAAAUAACGCGUUUCACUACUUAUAUAUAUCAUUCUAACAAUGGUCAAUAAAUCUACACAUUUCGCUGUACAGAAAAUAUACAUAUAUUUUGGUCGCGUUUAAGUAGCGUUUAUAAUACUCCCUUAAAUAUUAUUUAGAAAGAAAUCUGUAAGUAAAAACUCGUUUCAAGCGAGUUCUGACAAGUACAAAGGAUUUGAUUAGUCUGAUAACAUAAGAAUCUUUUUUACAGCAGUCUCUGAGAAUUGUAUUGCCCGUUAUCUCUCUUUUUUAUCUGGAAAACUUAGAACUUUUCAUAAAUCAUGUUAUUUGUAGGACAAGUCUUUCAGAUAAUUUCACAUAAGAAAAAUUGUUUUUGUUAUCUACAUAAGCGCUAUGAGAUUGUCGCAAAGAAAAUGCAACCAUGCUUAACUUUUCUACAUCCUUGUUAUAUUUUUGUAUAUAUUGUAAGAUAGGUCUCCGAUUGUAGAAUAUUUAUAUCUAGAAGAAGAGAAAAAUUUAUGAAGAUUUGUUAUAACCUUGGUAGAAUAGAGUAAGCAAUAAUUUUGCUUUUUACAAACUAGUAUCACAUUUAAUUUAAAAUAUUGUAUCGAAUAACUCAGACGAAUUAGGUAAUUCGUUUCUACGUGACU